CUCGGCUACUUUACAAAAAGAUAGCCAAAUGGGGAAAUCAAAACUACAUGAAAAGGUUCCCAAUCCAUUAGACAUUAGGUAAAUGCAGAUUAAAACCACCAAAAGACACGUCCAUCACAGACGCGCCAGAAUAGUGAAAAUAAAAGAUGGCAAAAGCCGUAGAAAUAGUUUCUUGUGAGCCCAAAAGUGGGUGUCGUGAGACCGAAGGCUAAGUAUCGCGAGACCGAACGACGGCUGUUGCGAAUCCGAAGGGUGUGGUGGUUGCUUGAGUUCGUCUUUGUGAGAGAAGCAAACGUCAGGAAACAGCUGGUCAGGCUCCUUUACCACCAUGAGCGUCCCGCGUGGGGUCGACGGGAUCCCUCUCCCCCAGACCCGCCAGUUCCCUGUUCCUGACCACGCGCUGGAAGACCCAGACCCACAGCAGUGCCAGAAGCGUCUAGAGGAAGCGGAGGUGAGGCAGGUGGUGACCGAGACAGGCGAGGGCAGCUUGGGGAUCGUCGCACUCUCACCACCCCAGCUUCUGGAGGAGGGGUGCGCACCGCGGGACCCCGCGGACUGUGGCCCUACUCCCCAGAUCCUGGUCAAUGGGGGUCGCGGUCACGGAGCUGCCAAAGCGGGGCAGGAGGAGGCCAUGCCGCCCGCGGAGGGCAUGGAAGCAGCCCCUGUCCCUGUGGCAACCGAGAGCAGCCUAGGAAAUGGAUGUCAGCGGGGAACUGGUGGGGAGAAGGCCCUAGAAACCUGUGGCACAGGGAGGUCGGAGCCUGAGCUGAUGGCUGGGGCGAAGGUGAGGGAAGCGAAGACUGAAAGGGGUACCAUCUUCCCUGUAGUAGUGGAUGAUGAGGAGAGGAAGGAGAAGCCAGUGGGUGAGGAAGUGGAAACGGUGGAGGAACCCAGAGCCGUAAACGUGGUGAAGGAUGAGGCAGGGCCCCGGGCCCUGAAUGAGGGUCUCCAUGUGAACCCCUUGGAGACUAUCCAGCUGGAACUGGACGCUCUGAACGCUCAGGCUGACCGGGCCUUCCUCCAGCUAGAGCGCAGGUUUGGGCGCAUGCGGCGACACUACCUUCAGCGGAGGUACCGCAUCAUUCAGAACAUCCCCGGCUUCUGGAUGACUGCCUUUCAGAACCACCCGCAGCUGUCUGCCCUGAUUAGAGGCAGGGAUGACGAGAUGUUCAGGUACUUAACCAAUUUGGAGGUGAAGGGGCUCAGACACCCUAGGAUGGGCUGCAAGUUCAAGUUCUUCUUUCGAAGAAACCCAUACUUCAGAAACAAGUUGAUUGUCAAGGAAUAUGAAGUCAGACCCUCCGGCCAAGUGGUGGCUCUUGCCACUCCGAUCAUAUGGCACCCGGGCCGUGAUCCUCCGGCUUUCAAUCCUAGGAACCAAGACCUCACAUGCAGCUUGUUUGCCUGGCUUUUAGACCACAGCUUUCCAGAGUCUGACAGGAUUGCUAAGAUCAUCAAAGAGGACCUCUGGCCAAAUCCACUGCAGUACUACCUAUUGCAUGAAGGGGCCCAGAGAGGUAGACUUCAUCAGAUAAGGGAGCUGGUGGAGAGCCCCAGGCCCUUUGGAUUCCAAUCUGGUUAA